UUAAAAUAAAAACUUAAAGAAAUAACUUUUUUAACUGAAAAUUAUAAACACAAACAGAAAACUAUUUUUAAAAAAUAGACACAAAUAUUUGCACUCAACUUAUUUCAUAAAUAUAAGAAAAUUGAGCAUUUAGUUUAAAAAUAAAUAGUACCGUUACUAACAAAGUUGCAAGCUAUCAGCAAUGGUUCCGGUUUUUUGCUUGAUCUUUUUAUUUACAUGUGCUACUUUACUACAAUGUGAACAAGCAUCUAAUAUUGAAAAAACAGAUACACUAAAUAAUUUUAUUCGACUUUCAAGCGUCAUAAAAGGAAACUACACAAUAAUGGUAAUUUCAACAUUCACCGAACCAGACAGCAAAUGUAGAAAUGUAAGCCUAAAUGGAUUACUUACAAUUUACGCAAUUAAACAAGCUGUUGCCAUAGCUAACAACAAAACGCAAUCAGUAAAGAUUGGUAUUCAGUUUGAUGAUGACUGUGGUGAUUUAUCAUUGACAAUGACUAGUGGAAUUAAAAUUGUGUCCUUGAUUGAAACAGCAUCAGUUUGUCAUGACAAAUAUAAUCAGUGCAGCAACUAUGAAAACUUUACGCAAUCACCUGCUGCUAUUUUAGGAACGGAUAUGAGUUCUACAACUAUUCCUUUAGCAACUCUAAUGUCACAACAAAAAGUUCCUAUUUUAAGCCCUUGGGCUUCAAGUCGCCUGCUUAGUGACGCCAAAAUGUACACAUCUUUUAUUCGAGUAAUUCCGUCAGAUAGUAUGCAGGUUCAGGUAUUGCUAGAUAUAAUGAUUAAAUUUAAUUGGAGUUAUAUUUUUGCAGUUGGUUCUAAUGACCCUUAUGGUAAACUAGCACUUGCUGAGCUUGAAAUUGAAGCAAAAUCAAAAAAUAUCUGUAUUGUUAAUACAAGUUUUGUUACUUAUCCAGCUGAAGAAUUCAAUGAUGAAAUAAACAAGACUAUUGAUAAAAUUAAAAUAGCAUCGAAUGCCACAGUUGUUGUGAUGUUUUGUUAUUUUAAACAGUUAGGAGAAUUUAUUUUAAAAAGAGCGCAUAGAGAGAAUAUAUCUCGCAUGUGGUUAACCAGCGAAGCAUGGUACAACGAAGCACAAAAUAAAACUUACAAGCAUGAUGUACCAAUAAAACAAAUGCACGGUCUGUUAUCAGUAUCAUUAAAGUUUACAAAAAUUUUUGGCCUAAGUGAUUAUAUUAAUAACGAGAUAAAAACAAAUUAUUUAAAUGAUGUGUGGCUGCAGAAUUAUCUAAUGAAUGAAUUUAAUUGUAAGCCAAAUAAUAUUUCAAUCAACAAAUCAAUUUUAUUUGGAGAUAACUGUUCUGUUUCAGUUGACAAUGUAACGUUGAACGUGUCUGAAUUAGAAGUGACUUCUAACUGGGUUGAUGCCGUAACAGUGUUAGCAAAUGGAAUUCAGUAUUAUGAUAAGAACUGCUACAAUAAAAGUCGUAUAAAUGCAGUAAUUGAUUAUGAAAAAUUAACUUACGUUAUUAAAAAUAUUUCUAGUUUUAGUAACAAUGGCAACUUAAUUAGAUUCAAUAACUCAAACGAUCCAAUACCCGCUCUUUACACAAUCGAAAACUUGCAGUAUGAUGAAAAAAAUGGAACUUUGAAUUAUGUUAACAUAGGUAAUUGGACCAAUGAAACCAAUGUUACAAAUAGAUCUAUUUUUAAAAUUACAAUUGACAAUAUAAAGUGGCCAUAUUGGUUCAUAAACGACACGUUUAAAAAAAUACCUCGUUCAAAAUGUAGAGAAGAUUGUGAAAAAGGUAAUGUGACCCAAAUGUUACCAAACUCUUGUUGCUGGCGUUGCGAAAAAUGCUUAGGUUUUUAUAGCUAUGCUAAUUCAACAAAGGAUUUCAAUUGCUCAAACUGCACAGAUGGAUAUCAUACGGAAAAUAAUAUUAACUGCACAAAAACUAAAAUAACUUGGUUGAGUUACAAAGAUCCAGAAGGGAUCGCAGUUAUAGUUGUUAGCAGUAUUGGCCUGAUUUUAAUUUUGAUUUUCGGAACUUAUCUUUAUAAAUUUAGAUAUUUACUUAUAGAAGAUAAACCAUUUUUACAUCUUUUGACCAGCAGUUUGCCAUUUUGUAGUUUUUUAUUUGGAUAUAUGAAUGUUUUUGAGCCAACUAAUAACAUGUGCACCUCACGAAACGUGAUAUUUUUUUUGUUACUCAUGGUUUAUUCUUCUACAUUGUUAAUCAAAACGAAAAUGGCAGCUGAGUAUUUAAACAAAAAAGCCACAAGUACGUUCAAGUGCCAACUAUUAACAUUACAAAUUGCUUCCAUUGCACUAAUGCUUCUUGUAGAAAUGAUUCCGGUUUUUAUAUUUAUUUUUAACAACAAGCAGAGCAAUAAUGUUUCAUAUGGUUAUUUUAUUCGAAAAAUUUGCGCGGUAGGUUUUAAUGUGCCAAACUUGAUUUCAAACUUCAUACCGUUAAUCAUACUUAUUUUGGCAACUUGUUGUGCGUUUCGUGAACGUAACCUGGAACACCACUUUUACGAGCCGAAAUUUGUUAGUUUUACAUGCAUUGCUUUAUUAGUUGUGAUGAUUGCAUACCUACUGACUUUUAAUUUUGUAAAAGAAGAACUCAAAGCAAUAGUGAUGACGUUUACUCUUAGCAUAUUUGCUUUAAUUUACACAGCUUGUUUAAUACUGCCAAAAUUACAUGUUGGUCAUGAACGACUUUCACAAGGUGAUAGCAAAAAAAGAAUGAGUAAAAAAAAGGUCUCCGUGAGAGUGUCUACCUCCUCUUCAAUGUACCAAUAACAUUGUGUUAUUAUAAUAUGUUUAUGCUAUUUGCAAUAAAUAAAUAAAUAAACAA